UCCAAAUAUGCAAAAAAAAAAAAAAAUUGUUGUUAACACGGGUCAAUCCCAAAUAUGGACUAAUCCAAAUUGAAACUGCUAAAUUUUCAGUGGGAAGCUCAACUUGAUCUGGAUUAUUUAUCUUUUUACAAUUCAAAAUUUGAUGACUCUUGUGACAACUUGCUAUGUUAAAAAGAAAAAUAGAAAAGAAACAGAUUCUUUUGAAAGUUUUCGAAUGAUCUCAGAGCGGGCGAGGUUGUCUGGUGGUUCCUCUGGAAAUUUUGAAGGGGUGUGGUGGCGUCCAAGAAUUUCAGCUUGUAUAUACAGGUAACAUCUGGAACUCUUCUUUGCUAGUUGGGAUUGAUUGAAAAACUACUACACUUACAAGCAUUCAUUUUGUACCUUUCCUGUUGGUUAAUGUAUUGCUUGCAGUCUGUCACUAUGUCUCAGAUUGUUUUGCUGACAGCAUACAUAAAUAAGUCAUAUUCAGUUUGUGCUUUCCCUUUGUUAUGUUGUAUCCUCAAUAUAAAAAGUGUGACCAGAUCCUAAUAAUUCGGAUUAGUCUGGUGGUCAUAGGUUACACGUCAUGCCUUGGAAUCAACCUUGUCGGUUCAACUAGAAUAUCAAAUGACUGAAAAGGAAGAGAUUUAUAUGACUUAGAUACAUCUACAUACAUAUACAUGCAUAGAAAAUACUCCUCUUCUGAUUGAAGUGAAACUCUUUUUCAUGGUUAUUUCUCAGAUUUAGAUGACAAAAUACUCGUCUAAUCUAGUUCUUUUUUCUACAUUGCAUUGUCAUUUUCUCAAUUGUUCAUAUCCAUAAUUCCUACUUUCUACUUCUGUAUGGUAUACUUGUGAGUAUCUGAAGCUUCUAUCUAAAUGACUUCAUUUCAUUGUAUCUGACAGAGAAAUUGAACUUGCAGGGUGACAAUUUAAAAUGAAGUCAACACCUUGAUCACCAAAUGAGUUCAUUCUUUGAAACUUCCGCCAAAUGAUGGAAUCCAAUUUUCAAUAGACAUCCAACAUUCCUAAGGAAAAUGGAAAUGAUAUCUUAUGCCAGGUCAUUUUCGACAACUUGCAUGAUUCCAUGUUGCAUUAUAUUAAGUUUGAGAUCUUAAUGCAAAUCUGGAUCACUAUGGGUCGGUUUACGAUUACUUUGCUGGAAUUCAGGGGUUGGAUAAAAUUAUUUUUUCUGAGAUUGACCCAAUGAAAAGGGUGGAUUUUGAUUCAGUUUGUGGAUUUGUUUUUGCUGGAACACCACUCAAAGGCUCUUGCCAACAUGAUAGAUGAGGUGGAUUUACUUGAUAUAAAAGUCCCCACACAUGCUUCUAGAAUUUCUUUACCUUAAUCUGAGGAUUAUGUUGGCAAAGCAAUCUCUAUCUGUAUUAUUUGCUGGAGACAGGCAACCAAGGUGAUCAGAAACUGAUAAUUUAGUGCUUCUUCUCAUUUUGUCCGUGGCUUGAUGGGAAAAAUUCUAUUUAUCAAAGGGUCUGAAUUGUCUUGAUCAAGUCAAAUUGUCGGACCCAAAUUGUCGAUAUCAGAUUACACGUGCAUAAUUUAGAUAAUAUAAUAGAGAUCAUGCUUGUUUGAUGCUGUUUUGGAUUUAAUUAAUGUUCAUCAUGUGAGUUCCUUUGUUUGACUUUCUUCUAGGCUGCUGCAUUCAUCAUAUGUGUGAUUGAAGGCACGUAAGGCUCAUCUUUGAUGAAGCUGGCCUCUCUAUAAAUACCCCUCACCCCUUCACAACUCUUAUCAUAAUUCAGAAUCAGAAACACUUCUUCAGGCAUUUUGUUAUGGCAAAACUUACUCUUUCCUUUCUACUUCUCCUUCUGUUCGUUUUCUCUGUUCUUGGAUCGGUUGAGCCGGCUUCUGUUCAGCAUGCUCGGAAAUCCCGAGCAAGGACCUUUAUUGAGGCCUCAUGCCGGUCCACCCGGUAUCCGUCCCUCUGUGUUAAGUGCCUGUCCGGCUACGCCAACAAGACCCAACAGAGUCCAUUCCAAUUAGCCCAGGUUGCAUUAUCUGUAAGCCUAGCCAAGACCAGGCACACAAGAGCAUACGUAAUGGAGGUGGCUAGCAACUUUAAGGACGUCGAGGGUAGGACUCACCAAGACAUUAGCGACUGUUUAGAUCAAAUAAACGACGGUGUUGAUCGUCUUGCCCAGUCCAUUAUAGAGCUCCGACGCAUGAACCAAGAAGGGGGUGACAGUGACUUCACGUGGCGCAUGAGCAACAUCGAGACUUGGGUGAGCGCAGCGCUAACCGAUGCUACCACAUGUGUUGAUGGGUUUUCAGGGCGUGACAUGGGGAAGCUGAAGGCCACAAUUAAGGGAAAGGUGCUGAAUGUGGCACAAGUCACCAGCAACGCGUUGGCCUUGGUUAACCGCUUUGCUGCUAGGCACCGUGCCACUAACAAGCCAUGAGGCUAGUCUUUUGGGGACUAAAUCUUGUCUCCUUUGGGCUUAAUGAGAUAUAUUUGGUAAUAUAUCAUAGAUAUCUGUAAGUUUAUUCUAUGUAAGGCAUGUGAAUAUAUAAAGUUUUGUUUUCUAUCAGAUUCACUCUAGUCUGAUGCAUAGAAAAUAAUUGGUGGUAUAUAACAUACUUAAAAUUAAGGGUCAGAA